AGGGGAAGGCGAAGCGCUAACAAAGCCUGGUCCCGCCCCACCUCUCCUGUCCCUUGAGGCCAAAGCUGGUACCGCCUUUCCCCGCCCAAGUUCUGCGGCUUUCCCCAGCCCCCGCCCGGGGUGUGUGGGCCUCCAUCUGUCCUCACAUCUCCUUCCGCCUGAGGCCAGGUGCGAGGUGAGGCCUCGUCCCCGACAUCCCGUUUGAGAACUAGCCUCAGAAAGUCCCAGGUGUCUUUGGCCCAUGGAAUAUUCUGUGAAUUCUAUUUCCCUGCAAUCAAAAGAAAUCUAUCUACUUUGCUAAUUUGUCCCAAACUUUCUUGCUGGCUUCUAAUACUCUAGGUCAACCAAUCAAUGCCUCAGACAGAUAAGCAAAUAUGCAUCCCCCCGGAGCUGCCGGAAUUGCUGAAGCAAUUCACCAAAGCCGCCAUUCGGACCCAGCCACAGGAUCUCAUCCAGUGGGCGGCUGAUUAUUUUGGGGCUAUGUCUCGUGGAGAGAUUCCUCCAGUGAGAGAGCGGUCUGAGCGAGUGGCUUUGUCUAACUGGGCAGAGCUUACACCUGAGCUGCUAAAGAUCCUGCAUUCUCGGGUUGCUGGCAGACUGAUCAUCCAUGUAGAUGAGCUGGCCCAGAUAUGGAAGGUGCUGAGUCUCCCAACAGAUCUGUUUAACAGUGUGAUGAACGUGGGCCGCUUCACGGAGGAGAUUGAGUGGCUGAAGUUUUUAGCCCUUGCUUGCAGUUCUCUUGGAGUUACCAUUGCCAAAACUCUCAAGAUAGUGUGCGAAGUGUUAUCAUCUGACCAUGACUGUGGACCUCCCCGGAUCCCAUUUAGCACGUUCCAGUUUCUGUACACAUAUAUUGCCGAAGUGGAUGGGGAGAUCUCUGCCUCACACGUCAGCCGAAUGCUGAACUACAUUGAACAGGAAGUAAUUGGUCCUGAUGGUUUAAUCAAGGUCAACGACUUUACCCAAAACCCCAGGGUUCGGCUGGAGUAAAAGCACAGUUUUGGCAAUUUUAAAGGAAGAUACAGAGAUGAUUGAGCUUCAGAAUGACUGAAUCCCACAUGCCAUCCAAUGUCAAUUUUCUUGUACAACUGGUACACACUAAUAAACAAUUAGGCAAACAUGCGAAACCAGAAA